CUUGAAAAUGACGGAAAUGGAAGUGAGAAAUUCAAAUCAUUUGGAAAUUCGAUUCAUGUUUCGCGUUCGCUGUUUCCUGGUGGUAGUUGGUGGAACUUAGAUGAGCGUAUGAAAGUAGAAAUUGAAGCUUCGAAGCCGCUUAUACUUUAUUUAGCUCUUCAUCAGGUAAAUUGAAAAGAAUUACAUCAUAGCCAGCCCAAAAAAAGCCUCUCCAAUUGGUUGGUCCCAGGCUUGGAAGUUUUCUGAAUGGGAAGAUUGUUACUCGAUUGAACAUUGUGGGGUUGAAAGUAGAUCCGGGAAGAUUGAGCAUAGUUGGCAUUGGUUUCCAUUUAAAAAGGAGAUUAGUAGAACCCAUAAUUCUCUCAAAUACAGGUUUGUACUGACAACUUGUCCAUUAAGAAACAAUAACGUCAUCAAACAAGUUCAAAUUUGUUCAUAAAAUGGUCAUAUCCACGUCUUCCUCUUGAAUUGCAAUAAGAAUCAUCUCUUAAUUGCUUGAAGAUCAGAGGCAAUCAAGAAGCGAACCAGGUAUAAGCUAAAUGACUAUGGACUGAUUUUUCCACACUUGAAAGGUCCAACAAUGGUGAGCUUGGCGAGAACAUCAAUUGAGAUGCUUGCUAAAGCAAUGUACAAUGCAAAACAUUUGCCCCACCUUGCUGUGCUCCAUUGGCACGCACAUAAAACUGCCAAUGGACUGAUUUUUUGUGAGAUCCAAUUUUGGUUGGGGAGGGAAACGAAGGAUUCCUUAUAAGGGUGUGGAAACUUCUCUCUAGUAGACACGUUUUAAAACCGUGAAGUUGACGGCGAUACGUUAACGAGCCAAAGCGAACAAUAUCUGCUAGCAGCGGGUUUGAAUUAUUAAUCUUUACUGUGUAUGUUCUUAUAUAGUUCACUUACCAAAAUAGUCUUGUUUGUUAUCUGUAGGGGGAAAGAAACGUGAAUCAUUUUUGUCUUGAUUUCAAUUGAGUUUUGUUUCAGAACUCGCAAUGUGGGGGAGAUUGUGACAGUAGAAGGCCAGACAUACACCAUCUUAGCUGUAACUCUAGGGGAAGUAUGAACCAAGUGAAGAGAGACUUGAUGUUUUGUUCACGGGAAGCUAAAAAAAUAUAAACUUCCGUUGGCGCGUGUUGCAAGCACCACUGUCGCGUGGCUCAAGUCGUUGUCCAAAGCACUCAUAAAGCGUCACCAUAUGGGAUUCAGAACCAGAAGAAAUCCGAUCCCUUCUCGUUUCCCGCUCCCCGCUCCCCGCUCCACCCGCUACCUCCUCUCCGCCAUCUCUUUCCACCAUUACCACUUUCUUCACUAUUCUCAUUCUCUGACCUCGUUUCGUCGAUCUCUCUAUGGCUUCCGAUAAUCUCGACACCGUUUCCGGCGCCGACGACGAGAAGUUUGGAUUCCGACGAGAGGAGAUGUAUCAGAGCAGCCUCGCUGGCACCGUCAGCGCCUAUGAUCGCCACGUUUUUCUCUGCUACAAGACUCCGGAGGCCUGGCCAUCGCAUCUCGAAGCAUCUGAUUCCGACGCCCUCCCUAGGCUCCUCUCUGCCGCUCUCAAAGCUCGCAAGGAUGAUAUCUCCGUUAAGACGAAGCUGACAAUGUUCGCUGGACGAGAGGAAACUGGAUUUUCGGAUGGAGAUGUGUUGAUUUUUCCUGAAAUGGUCAAAUACAGGGGUUUAAAAGAGUCAGAUGUGGAUGGCUUCGUGGAUGAUGUGCUUGUGAAUGAUAAACAGUGGGCAUCCGGAGUGCCAGAGGCUUUCACUGGCUCUCACGUGUUUGUGUGUGUUCAUGCUAGUCGAGAUCGGAGAUGUGGUGUCUGUGGACCUGCUCUUGUUCAGAAGUUGGAUGAGGAGGUUGAGUUACGAGGACUUAAGGAACGGGUUUUUGUCAGUGCAUGUUCACACAUUGGAGGACACAAGUAUGCCGGAAACUUGAUCAUAUAUCAACCUGGUGUGGAUGGGAAGACAACUGGUCACUGGUACGGAUAUGUAACUCCUGAAGAUGUCUCUGAAUUGUUUGAACUUCACAUUGCAAAGGGCGAGGUCGUGGAAAGGCUUUUAAGAGGGCAAAUGGGCACAAAUCCCGAGGAAGGCAAAAAGGAAGAUGAACUAAAGAUUCCAAAUGGAGAAGAUACAAAGAAAAGUAAGGUUGAAAUUGAAGAAAACAGCGGUCAAAGCAAAGUGGAAACAAUAGCAGGUUGUUGCCAGGGCAGUAAUGGAUUCACUUGUUGCAGAGAUGAAAGUUCAGGGAAAAGUAGUAGAAUUGAAAACCAGUCGAAAGAAGCUUCAGAAGAGCAGGUACCAAAGAAAGCUAAUAAAUUUUCUUGCUGGACAGGACAAUGGGAACAAAGUGAAAUUCUGGCUGCUGCUGCGAUAAUUGGAGCAGUGGCCUCUGUCGCUGUUGCCUACAGCCUCUAUAGGAGAUCAGGAUAAAAUAUAAAUGGUAUGUCUAUGUUUGUUUGCUCAUAAAAGUAUCUAUGCCCUGUUUUCUGGUAGAAUAUUUGGUGAUAUUAGUAAAGAUAGAGCAAUUUGCUGAAUUAGAUUUAUAGAAUAGUGUAAUGAUACCAACAGGACUCUUAGAGCAAAGACUAGACAAAAUCUUCUUCUACCUCUAUUUACUUUAUCUACAGAUACAAAUUAUUUGUUUCUUUCAAUACGCAUACAAAUGAUGAAUAUCAUGUUGUAGGAUGAUGAGGGAUUAUUUUCUGCUUGUUGCUUAUUC